AUGGCAGGGGAUGAAGUGACCGGGGAUGAAGUGACAGAGGAUGAAGUGGCAGGGGAUAAAGUGGCAGGGGAUGAAGUGACAGGGGAUGAAGAGACCUGGGACGAAAUGACCGGGGAUGAAGUGACAGGGGAUGCAGAGACCUGGGAAGAAAUGACGGGGGAUGAAGUGACAGGGGAUGAAGAGAACUUGUAUGAAAUAACCGGGGAUGAAGUGACAGGGGAUAAAGUGACAUGGGAUGAUAAGAUCUGGGAUGAAAUGAUUGGGGAUGAAGAUGAAGUGGCAGGGGAUAAAGUGGCAGGGGAUGAAGUGACAGGGGAUGAAGAGACCUGGGACGAAAUGACCGGGGAUGAAGUGACAGGGGAUGCAGAGACCUGGGAAGAAAUGACGGGGGAUGAAGUGACAGGGGAUGAAGAGAACUUGUAUGAAAUAACCGGGGAUGAAGUGACAGGGGAUAAAGUGACAUGGGAUGAUAAGAUCUGGGAUGAAAUGAUUGGGGAUGAAGAUGAAGUGGCAGGGGAUAAAGUGGCAGGGGAUGAAGUGACAGGGGAUGAAGAGACCUGGGACGAAAUGACCGGGGAUGAAGUGACAGGGGAUGAAGAGAACUUGUAUGAAAUAACCGGGGAUGAAGUGGCAGGGGAUAAAGUGACAUGGGAUGAUAAGAUCUUGGAUGAAAUGAUUGGGGAUGAAGUGACAGGAGGGGAUAAAGUGACAGGUGAUGAAAUGACAGGGGAUGAAAUGACAGGGGAUAAAGUGACAGGGAAUGAUAAAAUCUGGGAUGAAAUGUUUGGGGAUGAAGUGACAGGGCAUGAAAUGACCGGGGAUGACCUGACAGUGGAUGAAAUGACCGGGGAAGAAAUUACCAUGGAUGAAGUGACCGGGUAUGAAUAG